AUGCUUCGCGGCCUCGUGAUCUACCACGAGGAGCAAGAGAGGGCUGCGGCUCCCGUUCCUUAUCCAUGGGCGGUCUUCCUCGGGGACCCCUACAAGAAGCACGGAGGCAGCGCCGACAACGCUGCUGUCGCCGACAUCGAGCUUCUUGGUGCAUGGAACGGCGUGGCUGCCGUCGGCUCACACCGCCACUACAUUGCGCGGGUCCAAGGGCAGCCGCUGAACAUUGGAGUUUUUGUGGAUGAAACCUAUGACAUCGGUCGCAUCGAGGACGUCCACUUCAACCCUUGGUACAGCGACGCUCACCCCUUUGUGUGGCAUCAGACCACUCAUGGCCGAGCGUUCGUGAUGGGCCGAUCUGACUGGGAGUACGUCUUCAACACCUUCGCAUUCGGCUAUGCCAUCGGCUACCACUUCAUCGAGCGGGCGACGGGCUCGAUGAAUGGCAACUUCCUGGGCAUCGGCCAGGACCUCGCCACCAACGCCUCGAUUCAAGUGGACCAGUCUCAGCCGUUUGGCAUCCUGAUCACCAACGGCGAAUUCACCGCUUUCUGUGACGGGAAGGGCUUCAGCCCGCCAUCGUGCAAAGAUCCAGCCCAGCUGGUGGUCAGCGCCCAGAACAAUGGAGCGGUCAAGCUGGUCAAUUCGGCGUUCUGGGGCCCAACGGCUCAGAUUGCGAAAGUCGACGGCAAGGGCACUGUGACCUUCUCUCAAUGCCACUUUGAUUCCUGGGACAACUACAUACACAACGGGACGCGAGUUCAUAGUGGCACGGCCGCGAUUCAGCAGUUUGGCGGCACGCUCAUUGUGACCCAGUCAGAGUUCACGAUGGGCGCCAAUCAGGACAAGCCCCACGCGCCUGGUCACUUUUGGGUGGGGCCCCGAGCCAAAAAGACGAUCAUCAGCGAGAAUAUCAUCACAGGCACCCUCGCUGUGGUUAAUGAAGGCAAGGGGAAGACCAUCAUCGCGAACAACGCCGAUGACAGUCCCUGA